AUGUUCCAUGGAUUGCCAAGUGAAGACCCCAUUGACCACCUUGAUGAGUUUGAUAGGCUUUGUGAUUUGACAAAGAUCAAUGGUGUCUCUGAAGAUGCCAUCAAGCUGAGACUCUUUCCUAUGUCUCUAGCUGACAAAGCUCACCAAUGGGAGAAGAGCUUGCCCCAUGGCACAAUCACCACUUGGGAUGAAUGCAAGAAGGCCUUUCUUGCUAAAUUUUUCUCCACCGGUCGCACAGCCAAGCUUAGAGGAGAGAUAUCCAGCUUCAUCCAGCGAAACAAUGAGACAUUCGCAGAGGCUUGGGAGAGAUUCAAAGGCUACACAAGUCAGUGCCCACACCAUGGAUUCAACAAUGAAUCCUACUCUCUACACUUUAUAGAGGAUGCUUGCCUAGGUAUAGGGAGAUGCUAG